UGGGGGAAUUUUAAAGAUGAGUCGCCACAUGCGAAGAGAUUUUUCUUUUCUAGGCCAUCCGAAGUUUACAACCAAAAUUGGAAGAACAUUGGGAACGUCGUUGGGAAACACCAAAUGGAUUAUUGGCUCUAGGAAGAUCAGCACUUGCUGUAGCGCAACAAUUGGCUCAUAUUGAAUUGGAACGCCUUUCAAUGGUUGGGUUAGACGAAUUAGUUGAAAUGCUCGGAAAUGCUCAUUCUCUCGAUCAUUUGGGUCAACAACCUCCCCCAGGAUGUAUUAGACAUUAUGUCCAAUGGUUUAAUCAAUUAAGUCAAUUGAGUGCUUCAGAAAUUUUGAGUCAUCAACACAAAAGGCAUAGAGCCCGUUGUGUUGAAUUUUUAUUGGAAGUUGCUAGAGAAUGUUUGGCUAUUGGAAAUUUUAAUUCGUUAGCUGCAAUAAUUGCUGGGUUAAGUGCUCAACCAGUUGCGAGAUUGAGAAAGACUUGGGCAAAAGUGGAUAAAAGUCGUUUGGAGGUACUUCAAAGACAAUUAGAUCCAUCAGGAAAUUUUGCUGUUUACAGAGCUACUUUAAAAGCAGCAAUUUGGAUAGAAGAACGUUCUCCUCGUGCAAAUUCAGCUGUCGUUAUUCCAUUUUUUGGUAUUUUAUUGAGGGAUUUGUUUAUGCAUUAUCGUCAAUGUAGACAUCCUGGACCUGGUGGAUAUUUGAAUAGAAUGGCUUUUGACGAAUUUGGAACACUUAUGUCACAAUUGGAGAGAUGGAAACUUGCAGAAUGUCACUUUUCUCGUGUUGCUCCUCUUAUUCAAUAUUUGUUGCUUUCUCCACUUCUUUCAGAACGAAGCAUGUUUCUACUUUCAUAUAGCUAUGAAAUGCCUGAUAAUAAUGCAGAUAGAGAACAUUUAAAAAAAUUUACUAUAAAAAUUGCAAGUGAGAAGGCAAACGAGAAUAAUAAAAAUUACAAAAAACAUCAUCAAAAUAAUGUUAAAAGCCAUAACGGGAUGAUGAAUACUUAA